AUGAGUCCUGCGAUUGUCAACUUCCCCAGCCUUCAACCCGCCAUUGUCUGGAAGGUCAAUGCGGGCGCCGCUCACCCGGUUGGUACGUUGCAGAAUUCCCCAAAUAAGGGAAUGCCUACACUGACCGCUGAUCGUUCUGGGUUCAGGACCCCGUCAGAGUGGCUCGACCCUGAUACAUUUCGUAAGAGUCCCUGGGUGGAGUAUGUUGUGCUGCAAGGACGACUAACAGAGGUUAAGGAAACUCCCACCGGCACCAUUGAAACCGUCGAGGGAUUUGAGCCCCAGUUCAAAGGCAAGGUCGUAUUCGGCGCUGACUGGCUCGAGUUCGAUCCAGACCAGAAACAUGCCCGUAUCAACAUGAAGGCAAUUGCAACAACCGACGAAGGCAAGGAGAUUAGUUUUGGAUACACAGGAGUCAUUGCGCUCAACGAGGCGGUGAUGAAGAUCUUUAACCAGACGCCUGAUUCAGAAAGCGUUCCAUUCGGCUUCAGCACGGGAGCACACUCUUUCUUCAGUGGUGACCCAGCCUUGAAGGAACUGGAGAAUAUGACCCUGGUGGGCAAUGGGCGAAUGCUAGUGGAUCCGGAGACUCGUGUGAUUACUGUCGAGUCUCGCAUCUCGAGGGUUAUUCCUGCUACGGGAUUCGAUUAG